CCGGGUUCGGUCGUCGAUACAGUAGAGAUUAGAGAAAAGGAACAGGAUUUUUUUUCUAGUACAUGCCAGCCAGCGUACUAGCAGAAGAGGAGAAGGAAAAGCCACAGACUACAGCUCUACCUUAGCAUAGUCCCCAUAUCUCCAGUAUAGGCUGCUGUCACGUCCCGCUUCAUCACAGUUUAAUCUUCAGUGAUCAUGGCUAACGUUUCUCAGGACAUGAUCUUGGAGUAUAUCCAGAAGAAAGGAGGCCGAGUGAAGAAUGUGGACCUUGUGAAGCAUUUUAGAAAGUAUCUUCUCUAUGAUGACCCGAGAAAGAAAGAUCAAGCUAGAGAGAUAUUUAAAGAAACCGUCAACACCGUCGCAUUUAUAAAACAAGAAGAAGGCGAAAAGUUUCUCUACUUGAAAGACGAGUACAAAACAGGUGCGUCCUCUCUCACCUCUCCAUCUCGGACUGCGGAUAAUGUGACCACACCCAUUCCGUCUCCUAGUCACCCAAGCAUUGGAAACUCAUCUUUCAGACCAGCAGAGCCCCAAUCAAUGAUGGGCGGAGUCUCUACGUUUAAUAGCGUCCAUUCGUCUCAUGGACAAUCAUCAAAUAUUAAUAAUCAUUUGUCUUCCAACACCACCUCCAAUCCAUCUCAUUCGUCCAGUGUUCUCUAUUCGUCCAGUGUCCCUCAUUCGUCCAGUGUCCCUCAUACCUCUGGUAUGCUCUCCACUGAUCCGGUAUCUAAUAAUCGUUACACUGGUAUGCCUCCGUUAUCCAGUGCUCAGUCGUCUUCUCCAUCGUCCACUGUUCCUUAUUCUACCGGCAGUGUCUCUGGUAGACGGGCUGCUCCUCGUCCUCCUAUUCAAAAUGGCGGUUCUCCUGUGGCUAGAGCUGGAGCUCAUGAUUUUCAACCUGAGCACAAAUCAGUUAGUCCACAGCACAGAGCCACUAGACAACAAAACGGUGGAGUCACAUCACCUUCCCGUUCACCCCUUGUCUCCUCUCCCUCUCCUCUUGUCUCGUCUCCCUCUCGUUCUGCAAGACCGCCUCCCACCAAUACUUCUCUGGCUCCUCCCAUUUCUUCUAAACCAACCCCGCCUACUUCUACUUCCUCCAGAGCUCCGCCUACUUUUUCUAAACCGACCCCUUCCACUUCUACUACGUCUCCUCUUCAUUCUCCAGUUGGUUCGAGGGUCAAUCCUGUUCCUCCGCCAAUGGCUGCCUCCUUUCCCACCUCGUCCUUUCUCGAUCAUUACCAGCAACACGGUGCGCCUAUUAAUCACGUGACUCCACCUACUUCCUCCUCCUCUCAUCACAGUAAGAGCGGCGGCAAUAAGAAAGGUGGUCACCUACAGAUCAGCUCUCCUAUCAGUGUCCAUUCAUUGAGUAAUGGUUCUGCAAUGGCUGAAUCAUCAGACCUGCAAAGGAUCACUGCUGAUCUUGAGAACUUUGGUAAGACCGGGAUCUUUAGCGAUAGCUUCUUUGGUAGCCCACCGUCCUCAACUUCAUCUCCUUUCUUACCGGUUGGGGGUACAUCGGACGGACUCUCUCGUCCAAUGGCCUCUUCCAAUUUGGCUACUUCACAUUCAGCUCACCAUCACCCACACUUAUCUGAAAAUAGCUCCCUCUCUAGCAGUAGUGCCCAAUCAACGUCCUCACCAGCUGCUGCUUCAUCAUCAGAUACUAAUCUAAUAUCACCUCCUGUGUCUUCUGCUACUGUCAAUAGAUCAACAAGCAAAGGAUCACAAUUGGGUGUACAGGCCUUGAUACAGCAGUAUACAGUACCACCUGGUGCAGUUCCCUCUCUUUCUCCGAACAAAGAUGGGAGUCCAUCUAAAGUAUCUCGCUCUACUAGUUCCGCUAGUGCACAAAGUGCUAUGUCAGACCUACAAUUAAAGAGAGAGCCGACUCCGCCCGAUAUCAAAGUUCAAAGAUCAUCCUCUAGCGUUGGGACUGUCAUUAAGCGAAACAAAGGACUCAACACUAAUCUUGGGACUUUGACAAGAGAGUCAAUAAGAGCAUCAGGAACCAAAUUCAAUCACAGACUAUCAAAGAAUUCAGAUGAGCUCUUUCCAUCAACAUCACAUGAAGAACUCCUCGGAGAUGAGCCGGAAAGAGAAUCUCCAAUUGACGAGUAUGUGGUGGAGAUAGAUCCAAUGGAAAAGGAAUGGAUAACAUCUCUCAUUGCUGGUGAUAUGGACACCAUACAUCAUAUCCUGAUGAGUGAUGGGACCUACGUUAAUAGAAAAGGGUUUCUCAAUGGCUGGACUGCAAUGCAUUGGGCAGCUAAGUUAGGUAAUACACAAUUACUGGAGGCACUGAUGUUCAGUGGUGGGAAAGUUGACAUCAAAUCACAUGGAGGUUCAACCCCAUUACAUUUAGCUGCUGAGGCUGGUCAUUACAGAAUGAUUGAAGUCUUAGUCAAUGAAUACAAUGCUCCCAUUAAUGUAAGGGAUCAUUGCGGUCUGCGGCCAAUCGAUGUUGUCCAUGAAUGGGCCCCAAACUCUAUUAAAAGUAUGCUUAGAAGAGGACUUCCCAAUAGAUUUCUACCUUCAGUAAAUGCAUCAUUAGCUGUUCCUGGGACUAUGCUGCAUCAUGGAAGAUUACCAUCAAAACAGUGGGGAUCUGUUGGUCAUCUUACUGAGAGAGACCCACAUGAUAAAAAGAACAAGUCAGGAAGGCUAAAUGGCUCACCUAGUGCAGUACGAAAAGGAAUCAGUUUUCGUAGAAAGAACAAAUAUGAUGUGAAGAGAAAAGAUAAAGGGAAGAGAGUUUCAACUGUUUCAGAACAUUAUGAUCUUUACUCAGACCGUUAACAAUCACCUCUAUUCUGUAUUCUAUAUUCUUUGUGUUUUUCUUCCAACUGCUACAGUUUCUCUUCUUUUGUGUGUUUGUACAUGUGUAUGUGAAGUAUGGUUCAGUGUCUGUGUUUCAUUAUUUUUGUAGCAGACAGAUCAUUAUAUUAUCUGUUAUGUGAUUCUCACUCUCCUCUCUCUCUUUCUUUUACAGUGAUAAAUUUUUAUUAACAGUU